CUGGGGAGGGUGUGUGUACGCAGACCUUACCCCUACUCGAAAGUAGAGAGGCUGUUUCCAAAGAGACCCCCGGCUCAACGUCGAAAGUUGCAUUGCUUGACUAACUGCUACUUCAUUAAUUAAAGAAGCGCAGACAGUUUAGAGAUCCAUUUUGAUUUAUUCCAUCACACCCCAAAGCCAAAAAAUGGUGAAAUUUUGGCUCCAUCGGAGAUGAUGGAAAAGCCACCCUUCCCCAGUAAAUAUCAGAAUCAAAGGAAGAACAGUAAAGAACCAGAUGAUGAAAUAUUUGAAAUGUUUAAAAAGGUUCAAGUGAACAUUCCUCUUUUAAAUGCAGAAAAAAAUGUUCCAAAAUAUGCAAAAUUUUUGAAAGAGAUGUGCACUAAUAAAAGAAGGCUGAAAGGGGAUGAGAGGGUGAACAUUAGUGAAAAUGUUUCUGCCAUCUUUCAAAAGAAACUUCCACAGAAAUGUCAGGACCCUAGUGUGUUUUCUGUGCCUUGUAAGAUUGGAAAUUUGGAGAAUACUAAGGCUUUACUUGAUUUAGGAGCAUCCAUCAAUGUCAUGCCUAGGGAAUUAUUUGACCAGUUAGGGGUAGGAGAACUAAAAGAGACUGGGGUAGUUAUUCAACUUGCUGACAGGAGUUUGACUUACCCUGAAGGGGUGGUUGAGGAUGUUUUAGUCCAGGUCAAUGACAUGCUCUUUCCUGCUGACUUUUAUGUCCUUAACAUGGGACAUGAUUAUUCAGGCAUCCCUCUCCUUCUGGGCAGACCAUUUUUGAAAACUGCUCAGGCCAAAAUUGAUGUUGAUGCAGGAACCUUGUCCUUAGAAUUUGAAAAUGAAGUUAUUAAUAUAAACAUUAUAUGAAUUAUAAUCUAAUUUUAUUUAUUUUAAUUUUUAUAUAAAAAACAUUUUAUGAGUUUUAUAUAUAUACAAAUUUAUUGUAAUUAAAUACAAUAAUUUAAUCAUGAAUAGUUUUAUAAAUAAAAAAUAUUGUAAUAAAUGCCAUGUGGACUAAUAAAGUAAUGAGAUUAUG